CAGCUGGACAACACAACGACGAAGCGCAGAUACAGUUUACGCACAACCUUGAUAUUGCAACAGACUUCAAGCUCUUGCGACUCCAUAAAGCAGAAUGUCUGACAACGAAGACGGUGGUGGUGGCGGAGGCGGGUGAGUGCCAAUUGAUUAUGGAGUUCAGCCUCCUGGGCUUCAGGCCUUGUUCGAGGUUUUGCUCUUGCUUGAAGUCUUGCUAAAAGAAGAAACAAUAGCUACUCCCCAAACUACGAUAACGAUGAGCCCGACUAUGAUCCAGAAGAGCCAGAGCCUUAUGAUGCCGAAGAAGAGACUCAUGCCGAAAUCGACGAUAUUGCGGUGGGCCAGAAUCCAGAUCAGCUCUUAGCCACUGGUGAUCGCGGUGUAAUUUCAUCAGGAGAUCAGAAUGGGGCGACUCGAGGGAAGGCUGAGAAGGCGCCAAAGGACAAGAAGAUACCCAACGAUCAGCGCACAACUACGCCAUACAUGACCAAGUACGAGAAGGCAAGAAUCUUGGGAACUAGGGCACUGCAGAUUAGCAUGAAUGCGCCAGUUCUUGUGGAUUUGGAAGGAGAGACAGAUCCACUCCAGAUUGCGAUCAAGGAGUUGAGAGAAAAGAAGAUACCCUUGGUGGUGAGAAGAUUUAUGCCGGAUGGCUGGUACGAGGACUGGACUUGUGAAGAGCUUCUCCAGUAAGAAUUCGAAUCUCCGACCACAACGUAUAAGGAUUAGACAGACUUUCGGAACAUUCCUGGAGGUGGUUAUGGGUCUCGAUUGGAAUCUGGUUUCUGCAUAGCAAAGGUGCUGGCAAGGCGUAUAAAAUGGCGUUAAGGCAAGGAG